UGUGAAAUUUACUAGUGAUUUCUGAGUGAAAUCCUACACUUUUUUGUUUUAGUGCAUGAGGUACACAUAUUGUGACAGAAUGAAAACUAAAUCAGUAAGUGUUGUAUAUAAGUGAUGUUCUUCUCUCUGUACAGUUACAAAUAUGGAGGGUGCCAUUAAAACAGUUGUUACGCAGUUCCUGUCUUCAGCACGAGGAAAAGAGAGCCUGGGUGGGAAGAGCUUCCAAAAGUUAAUCCAGAGUCAGCUGGGAAACAUCCUGAGCGAUACUGACAGUUCUUCAGCAGUGAAGGACAUGAUGAAAGGCCUGGAUGACAACCAGGACGGGAAAGUCAGUUUCCAGGAGUACCUGACGCUGGUGGGCUACCUG